AUGGCGAAGUCGCCCAUGGCGAUCCUGGCUCUCGGGCUAGCAGCAGUAGUCCUAUCUGGCGCCGGACUGGCAGGCGGCGAUCCCGUGGAGAGCGUCGUCACCGACGCGUUCUUCGACGGGAUCAAGUCCCGGGCCGCCGCCGACGGGUGCCCCGGCAAGAGCUUUUACACGCGCCAGUUUUUCCUGGACGGCGCCCAGGCGAACCCCGACUUCGGGGAAGGCGGCACCAGCGACGACGGCAAGAGGGAGAUAGCCGCCUUCUUCGCCCAUUUCACCCACGAGACUGGAUACAUGUGCUACAUCGAGGAGAAGGACGGGGCGAGCCAGAACUACUGCGACACGAAUUACCCGCUGUGGCCGUGUACCUCGGGGAGGGCGUACUACGGGCGCGGGCCGCUGCAGCUGACGUGGAACUACAACUACGGGGCGGCGGGGCAGAAGCUCGGCUUCAACGGGCUCGACAACCCGGAGAAGGUGGCGCAGGACCCGGCGUUGACGUUCCAGGCGGCGUUCUGGUUCUGGAUGACCAACGUGCAUCAGGUCGUGCCGCAGGGGUUCGGCGAGACCACCAGGAAAAUCAACAGUGGCGAGUGCAACGGCGGGAACGCGCCGGCGAUGAACGCGCGGGCGAACUACUACGUGGAGUACUGCAAGCAGUUCGGGGUCGACCCGGGGAACAACCUCACUUGCUAG